GAAAGAGAGGAAGGAAAACAGGAAUCACUUCUGAGAUCCAGUAACUGGCUUUAGAAAAGGCAGAGGAAAAUGGAAAUAAAAGAGGGGAGACCCCAAAAUGAAUCCUCUCUUUUCUGUGUCUUCUCUCUCUGUCUGUCUGUCUCUGUCUCUCUCCCUCCCUCCCUCCUUCCGUCUCUCUUUCUUCUCCCAGUCUCAUCUCCCCUCUCCCUCUGCUCCUUCCUCCUGCCUUAGCAGAACUUAUGUGGCUGGGAUGCGGGGCUCUCGGGUGUCAAAACUUUGAAGAUUAAUGGAUUACUUUGUUAAUGACUGCAGGCGUCAGACUGAGGUGCUUAGAUGAUUUGUGAGGUGCGAGGCGUCUUCCCGACAGUCCCAAACAAUGCGCGGAGUGUGCGGGGGAGUUAGAGGGCAGCCGCCGGCGGGCCCGGCAGCAGGGCUCACACUCGCACACACUCACACACUCACACACACUCCCAAGCGCACACACCAGGUUCUGUGCUGAUCAGGAGGCAGGCAGGCACCCUCGCCCCCACGCACUCCCGGGCAUCCCCACCCACACCCACAUAUAUGUAUUUUUGCCCUGAAAAAAGUGUAAAUAAAGCCUCGCUGGCCCCCAAUGAGGCGUUCCUUCCCGACUUUUUUGGAUCAAUCAAACAGACAGUGGCUUCUUUUGAUUAAAGCCCAAAUUGUCAUUGGGCAGAAGCAAUCAUGUGACAGCCAAUUCGGUCCAAUUUCAACCUUGUCUCCAUGAAUUCAAUAGUUUAAUAGUAGCGCGGUCCCCAUACGGCUGUAAUCAGUGAAUUAGAAAAAAAACACCCCAGCAGCGAUCUUCUAUGAUAGAUUUUUUUUUUCCUCUGCUCUCGCCUUUUUCCCGGGCCUUGCCCCCCCAAAGCCCCUCCAGAAGAGGGAACUUUUUCUCCGAGGGGGCUCCAAGGAGAAGGCCAUGAAUUACGAAUUUGAGCGAGAGAUUGGUUUUAUCAAUAGCCAGCCGUCGCUCGCUGAGUGCCUGACAUCUUUUCCCCCUGUCGCUGAUACAUUUCAAAGUUCAUCAAUCAAGACCUCGACGCUUUCACACUCGACACUGAUUCCUCCUCCUUUUGAGCAGACCAUUCCCAGCCUGAACCCGGGCAGUCACCCUCGCCACGGCGCUGGCGGCCGCCCCAAGCCGAGCCCCGCGGGCAGCCGCGGCAGCCCAGUGCCCGCCGGCGCCCUGCAGCCGCCCGAAUACCCCUGGAUGAAGGAGAAGAAGGCGGCCAAGAAAACCGCGCUGCCGCCCGCCUCGGCCGCCGCCGCCGCCGCCGCCGCCACCGGCCCUGCCUGCCUCAGCCACAAAGAAUCCCUGGAAAUCGCCGAUGGCAGCGGCGGGGGCUCCCGACGCCUGAGAACUGCUUACACCAACACGCAGCUUUUAGAGCUGGAGAAAGAAUUUCAUUUCAACAAGUACCUUUGCAGACCCCGAAGGGUGGAAAUCGCAGCGCUGCUGGAUCUGACUGAGAGACAAGUGAAAGUGUGGUUUCAGAACCGGAGGAUGAAGCACAAGAGGCAGACCCAGUGCAAGGAGAACCACAACAGCGAGGGGAAAUUUAAAAGCCUCGAAGACUCUGAGAAAGUGGAGGAGGACGAGGAAGAGAAGUCGCUCUUUGAGCAAGCCCUGAGCGUCUCCGGGGCCCUUCUGGAGAGGGAAGGUUACACUUUUCAGCAAAAUGCCCUCUCUCAGCAGCAGGCUCCCAAUGGACACAAUGGCGACUCCCAAAGUUUCCCAGUUUCGCCUUUAACCAGCAAUGAGAAAAAUCUGAAACAUUUUCAGCACCAGUCACCCACUGUUUCUAACUGCUUGUCAACAAUGGGCCAGAACUGUGGCUCAGGCCUAAACAAUGACAGUCCCGAGGCCCUCGAGGUCCCCUCUUUGCAGGACUUUAACGUUUUUUCCACAGAUUCCUGCCUGCAGCUUUCAGAUGCAGUCUCGCCCAGUUUGCCAGGUUCCCUCGACAGUCCCGUAGAUAUUUCAGCUGACAGCUUUGACUUUUUUACAGACACACUCACCACAAUCGACUUGCAGCAUCUGAAUUACUAAAAACAUUAAAGCAAAACAAAGCAUCACAAAACAAAAACCCCUUUGACCAGGUGCUUUUGCCUUCUUUUAUUCUGAGAGUUGAUUUUUAUUUUCUUUUCUUCCUGACCUACCCUCUCUCUCCUCUAAAUGUGGAAGAUUUUCUGCUUAGUGAUUCUCCUGGUCCAGUUUCAGAGCCAUCCUUUACAGAUUAUUUUGGAGUUUCAGUUGUUCUAAAUCUAAUCCAACACCCCUCUAUGUGAUUUCCUGAAAGCAAUAUAUGAGGCCUGCAAGAAAGUGAUCAUAUAAUUGUAUCUUCACUUUCUUUUUAUUUUUGUAUUACAUUAGGAUGCAUUGUCAUGAGUAUUUUUGGUAGAAUAAAUUCUCCUUUGCUAUAAGUAGCUUUCUUAUUUUUUCUCCCCCCUCUUUCUCAAGGCUCAUAACGGUUUCUUUUUCUUCUUUUAGUCUAACUUGGUAAAUAAAAUUCUGGUCACAAUUCA